ACUUCAGCAAGCACAGUUUCGACUACCUCGAGCGGUGUGGAUAGCUCCGAGAGCCAUGUCGUGCAUGGUGCUGUCGGCACGGGGCUUCAGAGGCAGUGAGAGAAUGGUCGACUGCAUAUAUACGUAGAGGUCCUGAACACGUCAAAGCAGAGUUGACGCAGAAUGUCGAACGAGGGGACAGUUGCUCUGAACAACUGUGAGCCAAGCAAUACUCCCGGCUUUGUCAAAUUCAUUGACAUAAUGACUACAGAUUUGCAGGCACAGAACAAAGCCAACUUGCUGAGUUGGGUGGAAUCUGUGGCCGGUCCUCGCCAUGAACCCACGUGGACGUGCAUAUGUAAAAUUGACGAAGAAGAGUAUGGAUGUGGAACGGGGCCCCACAAGCAGAUUGCCCGUGCUGCUGCCGCGAAGGUUGCUCUGGAGCGGCUCGUUCAAGAAUCGAAGUCUGGAAGCGAAGCUGCAGAUGAAGACGCAAGCACCCCUGUCGAGUGAAGAGGUUCAUUGCUGUCCUACGGACUCCGCUCAAAUUUGUUGAACCUUCAAGUCGCGGCUUCCUAGUACCGUCAUUCCACGUGUGUUUUAUCUUCAUUCUCGACCCCGA